GUUGAACUCCCAUGGACUCCUCUUCGACGCCAACCCUCUCUAGUGAGACUUUUCUGGUCGACUCAACCCCUUCAUUUGAUCUUAAGGUUCUUGCGAAACGUUAUGUUCCGAAUCCACCCUUCAAGCUCUCAAGUAGUCCACACGCGAUUACAUUAGUUUGCUUUCACGCAACCGGAUUUUUCAAAGAAACUUGGGAGCCAUUACUGCAACGCCUCCUGAGUAGACUCCAAGAGACCCAGGAUGCUAAGAGUUCGUUGCAAAUUGGAGAUAUUUUCUCCAUUGAAAGUCCAAAUCAUGGUGAAUCCGCCGUACUGAAUGAAGAGGUCUUGGAAAGGGUAUAUGGAGACACUUGGAGCAAUAGCAUAUAUUCACGGGCUGCGAUGGAGUUCCUCACAGCUGGUGAGGAACGCGGAGCCAAAAUUGAUUUCUCAAAGCGUCGCCUCGUAGGCGUCGGACAUUCCAUGGGCGCAGCAGCUAUGGUUAUGCUUGUCAACAUGGCACCGUCGUUGCACUUUGAGCGUCUCAUCUGCAUUGAGGCUGCGGUUUCUCGGCCGGAUAUUCCCGGCAGAUUCGAAAUGUCAAAAGCACUCACAUAUCUCGCUUGGACUCGCAAGGACGUCUGGACGAGUCACAAAUCUGCCAUGAAAGAGUUCAAAUCGAACCCAGUUUACAGUCAGUGGGACCCCAGGAUAUUUGAGUUAUUCUCCCGUUAUGCAUUGCGAACACAUCCUGCUGCUCGCUACGCCGAACCUUAUUGCUUCAAAGGUAUAACAACAGCUCUCACAAAACGUCAGGAAGCUGCGUGUUACCGUGAUGAAGAGCUUGUCUACCGUGCACUUAAAGAGUACGCUGAGCUUACUCGCAAGAUGCCUGUGCAUGUGAUAUUUGGUGAUACCCCAGACAUCAGUCCUGGGGAACUGCAAAGUGUUCACACGGAUAAGGAUCUAGGGUGUUAUCCUACUUCGGUGUCAUACGUCCGUGAUGUUGGACAUCUGGCCGUUCAACAAGCGCCAGACGCAACUGCGGAUGAGAUCUUUGAGGUUCUAAAGAAGUUCUCAGCGUCGAAUAGGAGUGAGAUUAAGGCCGCACUAUGAGAUCCGACCGCAGUUAUAGUUCCUAUUACAUGACUUAAUGCCGUGGAUCAACGUCUCGACGUAAUGUUUUGGUUCUGCUCCACGCUUGUGUUGAUCUUGAAUGUUCUAUCUGUUAGCCG